CUCCCCAUAAUGAGCAGAUGUGAACAUUAGAGAUCAGAAAUAAACCCCCAAAAACCCAAAGGGAUAACCCAACAAAAACAAAACAAAUAAGCCAGGCCAGAAACAACAGCAGCAAAAAAACUAGUACUGGCUUGUUUGUUGCAGAGGACAUUGCCAUACCAGCACCCACUCCUUUCCAUCUACGUUCAGACAAACAAAGAAGAACACAUUUCACAGUAAUGGCUAUGAGAAAUUGCUUUCAAGUAACCAGCAGUUCCUGCAAGGUUGGAAUCUCUGCCCACUGCACAACCCAUUCACUUGCCUCAGCAGACAAGCUCAACUUCCCAUCUUACACCAGAAGAAGAGAUUUCAACAACUCACUCACCAUCUUACCAGCUUCCAAACCAAGGAGAUCCCACUUCAUAUGCAGAGCUCAAGAAGCCCUUGACCAAGUUAAACCAGUGACGGAUAAGACAUGGGACAACCUGGUGAUAGCAUGUGACAACCCAGUCCUGGUGGAGUUCUGGGCGCCAUGGUGUGGACCAUGCCGGAUGAUAGCUCCGGUGAUCGACGAGCUUGCCAAGGAGUACGCCGGGAAGCUGUCCUGCUACAAGGUGAACACCGACGAGAACCCCAACAUUGCUAGCCAGUAUGGGAUCAGGAGCAUCCCAACUGUGCUCUUCUUCAGCAAGGGCGAGAGGAAAGAGAGCAUCAUUGGUGCUGUCCCUAAGUCCACUUUGUGUAGUACUCUAGAGAAGUACAUUGAUGGUUGAGAAGAAAAACAAAAGACAAACAUAAUU